AUGUCUACUAGUACUAUUGCAACUUAGAAGAUGCAACCAUUUUAAGUUUAAAAAUGUAUGUUCCAAGUCUUAUGAUUCCACAGCAUGUAUGGUUGAUAAUCCCUGUUCUUUAGCUUGGUUUGCGAAUACAACAGUUAUGUGAAUUAUACUCAUAUGGAGCAUAAUAUAAAGGUAUUUAAAAUGUACACUAAAUCCACUAAUACUUAAGGCUUCUAAACUAAUUUAAAUAAGAUUGUCCUACAUUGCAACUUUUUAGAACUGGUAAAUUUUAGAGUCUGAUGGCAUAAACUUAUGUAUUCAGGAAUAAAUGUAACUAUGUUCAGUGGAAAUAUAAUAUCUAUGGGAUAAAUCUUGAAAAUAUAUUUUUAGAUUUCAUGCUGGAAAUCUUAUAUUUCAUUAUACAAUUAAGAAAUUUUCAAACAGGAGUCAAAAUAGUUUUCACUUGAAACCCCAAAGCUUUGUGAAACAAAACAAUUGCAUGGGCUUUUUUAUUAUAAUAUUUCACUUUAAAAGAGGACAAUUUAUUGAGCAGUUUGAUUCAGAAUUAAUGGCAAUCACCCCAAUUAUUUUUGUUAGCAACCUGGGCUAGAAUACAGAGAAUCAUGGAAUCGUAAGGUUGUAAGGGAUAUUGGAUAUUAUCUAUUCAACAGCCUGUCCUCUUACCAUAGAAAAAUGGCUACCUGUUCAAAGCUCUUGAAAAACCCCCAUGAUGGAGCACCCACCGUCUCCAGAGGCAGGCUGUUCUACUACUUAGAAACUCUCACGGAAACCUACCUCCUUCUUGUCUCAAGUUAGGAUCUGUGUCCCUUAGCCUACGAUGUUACAGAAAAAAACAUUCACAUUCACAUACUCUGCUCUGUGACGUCCCUUCAUCUAUUGGGAAACUAUAAUCAUGUCUAUCCUUGGCCUUCUUUUAUUCAAGCUAAGUACAUCAAUUUCCUUUAACCACUUUUCAUAGGAUUUAGCCUCUGCGACCCUUACCAUUUUUGUUGCUCUUCUCUGAACUCAAGCAUAAAAAUUGUGGUUGCCUUAGAGUUGGUAAAGUACACGCAAGUUGAUUUCGCUAGUCUUGUGGAAUUUUAGCACUUUAACAAGUAAAUAUAUUUCUAUUAUUUGACAUACUACAUUUGGAAUGUCCCUAUAUUUCAAAAAUAGUUGCCAUAAAGCAACACACUGAAAAUGGGAGGGGAAUAUCUGUUCAAACAAAUAAAACUAUUACAUUGUUAUAAAUACUGAAUAUAAUGAUACAGAUAAUUUUAAUAGCAAUGUUUUGUUGAUUGUCCUUCUAUCUUGCAUUUUAUAUAAUAAUAUCAAGACUGCUUAUUAUAUAUAAAAUUAAAUACUUAUAGCAGUGUCUGCAUUUGAAUAUGAAAGACUAUCAGAAUAUGUCAAUAUAUUUUUAUAUAUAUUUGGGGGUAUAAUUCCACAGAUUUAUAUAGGAGGAUCUUUUCUCACAAUUCUUACAAUAAAAUUAUGGACAAAUCUUUUUAGCUGAUUUAUUAAUGGAGAAAUUACUCAAAGAAGGAUAUUCUAUCUAUUAAAGUUUUAAAGAAGGACAACACUUGAAUGAAUGUAACAAAAGUUUCAGUAGGACUUCACAUAUACCUAACUUCUUUCAAUUAUGCCCAGAAACUAGUGAUUUCAAAAACAAUGAGUUUAUUUUUCCUCAAUUAAUCUUGUAGCUUUUUUAUAUAUUCCUAAAUCAAAAUACAGGUAUUAGAAAUUGUAGCCAAAUGCAAAAUACUUAAUGUUUCAUCUACAAAUUCUGUUCACAAUUUAUGUCUUUAAAUACCAAUACUAGUCCCUGAAGAAUACACGCUACUAAAAGGGGGGAAAAUGGUAUCAAAUAUCUAGUCUUUGCAAUAAUUAAGUGACAUCAGUUAGUGAUGUGCUCUUGUAUAUUAGCAUCUUUUUAACUGUUACUUCUGUCUAUUUCUGUCUAACAGAGAAAAAAGAAUUAUUAGAAACUUUUUUUGUCUACUUCUAGUUUUAGGUAUGAGAGAAAGCAUUUCUAAAAUUUUUAUUUCUUGUGGGAACAUUUUAGAAAUCAUGUUUACAAAAAAAUUACAUUUUCAAAAUUGUUUAUCUAAUACAUGUUGCUAUAUUUUCAAGGUCCACACAGAAUAUUUUAGUUGAUUAAUCAUAUAUAAUAUAAAACAGUGGUGAGAAUUUUAUUGGGUGACCUACUGCAGAUGCAGUAGAUUAAAGGAAACUAAUCCUUUCUGAUUUUAAUGACCUUUGAGCUUUUUCAAAGUAGAUCCUUAAAUGUCACUGUUGGAUUGCUUAACUGAAAUUUGACGUGUAGACAUGCCAAACUUUUCUUGGAUACAUUUUCUUUAAAAAAAAUUGUAAAUGUAAUUUUGUAUAAAAAAUUAUUUGUUAAAAAUUCAUCCAACAAUUCACACUUUUUAUUUCAAAGGAGAAUAAGAAUGUACAUAAAUGAGUUCCCAACCUGCACCUAGCAUAAUAUAAAUCUAAUAUAAAUGUAAUCUUGGAAUUAUAAUGAGAAUUUUGAUAGGCCAUAGCUAACUUGUAUGAAUUGAAACAGCACAAUUACUGUGGGUUAUCUAUAGACCCAAAACUCAUUUGAGCUACACAUAAUUCGCAAAAAAAAUGUAAUGUCUGUUUUUUUCAAGGAUCAUCUGAGAAAGGACAGAACCAGAAUUUUGUUGGAUUUUUUUUUUUAUUUUUAUUUUUUUGCUGCACUUCAAAAAUGCAGGAUACUGAUAGGUAUAUAUCUUUCCAAAUGUGUACAAGGUGGGCUGUAUGGUUAUUUUUUCUCCUUGGCUACACUGUAAUAGUGAUCGCAAUAUGAGGUAAAAGAGAGAGACAAAAAGCAAUAACUGGUCCUGAGCUUCAUUACCAUGUCGUAAUUGGGGUAAAGAAGGUAUGAAUUCUUCUUAGGCAAAGCGAACGGGCAGCAAGGCCAGUGUGGGACUGGAGUACCUUUUUAUCACUUAAAUUAAACAGAGUCACAAUGUAGAACGCUGAGUAAACUUUAUUUCCAAAGAUGAAUGGCAUGCAUGAAAGAUUUGCUAUGCUUAAUCUUUGGGGAAUGGAAGAAGGUUUCUUUCUUGAGUGUAUAUGUAGCAAAGUCCUGAGGCAGAACAACUCUAAUUACACAGUAUCUUAAUCUGUAGAAGAACACUGAAGCACUCCUGUUUAAAUAACCCAACCUGAACUGUUUUAGACACCAAAUACAUAUAUGUAUGAAGAGGCCAUCUGUAAUGUAAUUAUGCAUAUUUACGCUGAUACAGUAUACAUCUUUUAAUAUUAUAAACCAAAACGCAUUGAGGAAAAAAAUAACCUUUCAAAAUUGUUUUUUAACCCUUUGAACAGGGCUAUCUUUGAAAAAGGCAUGGUAAUUAAAUAUGUUUUAAAAAAAACCAUCAGAAGUAUCACCAAAUGUGCUUAGAAGAUAAAUUUCUGGUUAUUUUAUUUUGGAAAAAAUAAUAAAAUGAAUUGUCUGUAGAUAUGUGUUUAAUUUACUGCAAAAAAUAAAUUUAUUGUGGUGGCAGGAAUAUGAAUUAUGAAAAGAAGAAAACACAGUUAAACUCAGACAGAUUCAAUGAGCUUUCAAGCACACUGCAUCAACUGGGAUAAAUAAUUUAAUAACACUUCGUGUGCUGUCUCUUCUGUGUUAUAGACAGUUAUUAAAAAAGAUACGAAUGUGUAGAAUCACACAAUAUGCAAAAUGUGUUAUAAAUGUAAUGAGUAUGCAUGUAUUUUUAAUUAAAUUUGGCUUCUGACACAAUAUAGGAAUAAUUUUUAACAAAAUAUUUUUAUAUCAAUGUCUAGAAAUUCUAACUACAACAAUGCAAAAGUGGGCAGGUCUAAGCAACUGGAGAAGAAAAAAUAUAAAGGAUAUAUCAUUUUACUAUAAUUAUCCCUUUUAUUCUUUACAUAAUAAUACAUUUAUCAAUUAUUUUUGAUCAUAAACAUCAUGAUACUAAAAUUAAAACUUAAACUUGUAUCCAGUGGGUAUAUAGCACAGAGAAAAGUAAAAAGUACAGUGCUUAAAAUUUGUGAGAAUAUCAGCCCAAAACAAGCAUCUCUAAUGCACAAUUAUUUUAAGACAAUGCAUUUGGGAAAGCAUUUAUUAAUAUUGAGUCCAAUCCACCAUCACCUACUUGAAAAACACUGUGAUUCUUGUCAGUAUGGUAUUUUGAUUCCAUGAAAUUAAAAUAAAGUUAAUAAAAUUUGGCUAGUUGGUUAACAUGAUUUUAAAAUAAUAAAUGACUGAGUUCAUGUUGAGUUUGGCAACUCUGCUAGUUUUACAUACAUCUCUGCUAUUCCUGAACAUUUUACAAUUCAUUUGUAUGUCUUCCUAAAUUAUUUGAAAUUUAAUAUGAUCAUUUCAAUUUCAUAUAAAUUAAAAAAUAGUGUAUUUUAUAAUUCAUUUGUAUUUAUUUUAUUAACUGCAUGACUCAAAUAGCACACUUGAAUAUACCAAAACCAUUCGAAUCAGUAGUGACAAAUGCUGAAAUAAUAAUUAACCCUAAGAGAAGGUAAAUCUGAUCUACAGAACUUGGCUUAGUGAUCUCAAGAGGAUAUGGUAACAGCAGUGGGAUAUGCAUAUUUAGCUAGAAGUUAAGGCCCACUGAGAAUGCUCUUCAGCAUAUAAAGACUGCAGUUUAAGCUAUCAAGGUCUUAGCAAUCUAGUUUGACUGCUCAGGCCUAUAAAUUAUGGUUUGCAUUUUAUAUCUUAAGCACCAGUAAUGUAUUUACAGAAUAUAGUCUGCAAGAAAUAUUUACCUCCAGGAAGUAUAACAGGACAUUCUUAAGCCCAUCCCGACAAUCAUUAUAGUCCAGAUAAAAAGCCUCCGAUUUUAGUGGGACUUUAAUAAGACUCCUUGGUUAACGUCUGCGUCUUGCUACAAUAGGAACAAGGUCAAUGUAACUCAAUGCUUCACAGUGUGUGCCUUUUCUCAGUAGGCAACGAAGGAAGGAAGAGAAUUCCUGAUGUCUCAGGAUUUCAGUUGUUAGAGCUUGGCUGCAUCUCCUCUGAGAAGAAAAUCUAAAUGGCCGGCUGGUGUCACGUACCAUUUUAUGUUUUCGGCAAAAAGCUGGCGAUUGGAGAAGACAAUCGGAAAGCCCUGAUACGUCAGAAAGCGGAGGCCACUGCAGACGCGCGCUCUAGAACACCUCCCUGGGGUUCCGCAGGCCCGGGCCCCUCGCCCUCAGCGCGGCUCUGCACAGCACUCUCAGCGCGAAUCGCCCUUCUCGGUGGUCCCCAGAGGAGAGGGCUACGGGCAUCGGUCGGUCGGUCCUCGGUUCGGAGGGCAAAGGCAUCUUCCUGGCUAAAGGAAAUGGGAGGCCUGUGGCGCUAGGGCCAAGGGGCCAACGUACAGCUCGCCAUUCUUGGUCUUCCAGGCAGGGCGCGCCUUCACCUGUUGGCGGUCCCUGCCGCCUGGGACCCUCCGGGGCAGCCGAGAAAGUCUAGCGCCGGUGCGGCUUCCGGCCCACGCCGUGUCCUCCCAGAAGCCUCAACUUUCGGGGGGGGAGUGGGGGGGCGAUGAGUUGCGCAUCGAAACGUCUGCCUGGGCGCCUCUCCGCUCCCGAUGGGAAGCCGCUCCGCAAAGGUCCAGCUUGGUCUGGAAGUGCCUUGCUGCCGUUUCCUAGCGGGGAAAGGCGCCGAGAGAUCAGAAGCGCCGGCUCGAGGAAAACGCGACUCGCUCGGCUCCCGUCGGGCGACCUGCGAACCCGCCGAGGCGCAGCCGGAGGCAUUUUCAGACCGGCGAGCUCUCCGCGGCGGUUAGGCUCGCAUCUUCGCCGCCGUCCCAUUCAAUGCCGGCCCAACGCGGGCUCGCCUCGCUCCGUUGGAGUGGUGGAGCGCCGACUGGCCUCAGGCGUGUCCCACGUUCGGGGUCUCUUGAGUUCCAAUUCGAGGACUUUGGAAAGGGGGAAAAUAUGGCUCAAGGAGAGGGCUUAAGCGACGCCUCUGAGGGGUGAAUCUUCACUCCAAAUCCUACAGAACUACACCAGGGAGAUCGUGAAUGCAAUUUUAGGGAGGGGAGUAAGUCCUUGAAAGAGUCUCAGCGCACAGUAAACCCGUAUGUUUCCCACCAGCAUCCAGGAGAAUGAAACGGGACUUGAAGGCCAAAGGCCGUUUUGCCUGGGGGAAGCCCCCGAUUUUAUAACGCGGAAGAAGGUCCCGCUGACUUCGAGGGCUUAAAUCUCGCUGAUGCACCCCUUCCGCUUUCCGGAUGGCACUUAAUGUUAACCUUAAGAGGCCUUCGGGACUUCGAAAGGCCUCUCCAAGAACCGGGCGCUCGCGUAGGUGACCUCCCCUCCGCGGGAACCGGUUUUCUGGGCCAGCGCCCCGUAACGAACUGCUGUGCUGGGAGGCGUCCUACAAUACAAAUGUGCCCCACUUCAGCUCCUCCUGGGAUGCUCCUUGUGGAGAUAACUGCUGUCCCAACCAAUGCCAGUAUGAGCUCCGCUAACCUGGCCCACCCCCUCAGCCACACGUGUCCUUUUAUUUAAUCCCGAAUUCAAACGAGGGUAGACUGCCCACUUCGGAUCAUUUAAAAGGCAUUUAUUUUUGCAAGUGUGUCCAGAACACUCGGCGUCUCUUGCAGGUACCUCUGUUACACAAUUUGCAAAGAAGGCAACAGUGCACCUAAAUCACUAACAAACACAAAUCGUGCUGAUCACCAGACGUGUGGCUUCACAAACUCAGUCCGGAAAAUGGACAAACCCGAUCGUCCACGGGCUAUCUCGUUCGCCUGCUAGCAAACUAAGAAGACAACAUUUGCAUCCCAUCGAUUAAGACCCGUCAUGCUAUUUAAGUGUGCUUGGAAGAGCAGGGAUGCCUUCUCUUGGCAUUUGCGGUCAAGGGUAGGAAACUUCUCAACAUUAGGCUGGCCAGCUGACCAGUGGAAAACUGUCCUGGCGGUUUCCAAGGGCUAUGAGGCAGAAGCAGCGCCAGCUAAACUCUGUUCAGAAAAGCAGAGGGUCCUCGCUCCCUUUCUCCAACAGCGAACCUCUUCUUCAGUUUGCUGGUCGAGUGAUGGCGGGCUUGUGACACCUGCAAUCCCGUUUGUGCCAGAAAGCGGCUCUGACGGCGCCUUUCGAGUUCCUCGAAGUCUUUUCCUGGCGACACCGCCUUUAAGCGCCCUCUCGAUCAUUCCCCAUGGGUAGGCGGCCUGGCUGGUCGUUCUGUGCCAUCAGCCCCCUACCUUUACUUUGUGUGUUUCUCUCUCUCUACCGCCAAGAGAGGGAUUAAUUAACCGGGCUGGAGCUGAAAGAGGCUGCCGUGACGAGCCCAGUGGCGAUUGGCCGCCCGCCUGCCUGGCCCUGCCUUUAUAAUUUCCACACGAGUGCAUCUGGGUUCUUAUACAAACCAACAGCUAGCUCCUUCUGAUACAUACACACACUGAGAGAGAGAGAGAGAGAGAGAGAAACACCGGCACUUCCUUUGCAAUUUAGCCAUCCUACACACAUGGUUGCUACUCCGAGAGAAGCUCACAAAUAUAUGUAUCGGAGGUGUAAUUCAGACUAUUGGAAGGCUUGCUAAAUCUGUUCAAACUUUUUUAAACUUUUUUUUUUCAACAGCAGAUUUCCAUGCGUUUUGCUGUUCACUCAAAGAUUGUCUUACGGCACCCAUUUGAGCACACCGAAGCAGGGUGUGUGUUUUUGAUAAGGAUCGGAGAUCUGUCCAGAACUAAACGGUCCAUCUAGCAGCAGCAAGAAAAAGCAUCUGAGCUGGAAAGGAGCAGAAACGCCGCCGCCGCCGCCGCCUAGCGCCUUCUUCAUAACCUUCUGGUUACGUUUCCGAGCGUAAGAGAGUCUGCUUCUUCUCUGAAGUUGGCUCCAGCCUUAGCAGCCGCAUUGGAUCCCACAGCAUACUGCGAGACUCCGGUCUACAAUCCGGAUCUCUGUCCCAACAUGAUCGCAGCCCAGGCCAAGCUGGUUUACCAUCUCAAUAAGUACUACAACGAGAAAUGCCAAGCCAGGAAAGCGGCCAUCGCGAAAACUAUCCGAGAAGUCUGCAAAGUGGUCUCGGACGUGCUAAAGGAAGUGGAAGUGCAGGAGCCCCGCUUCAUCAGCUCCUUGAACGAAAUGGACAACCGCUACGAGGGGCUGGAAGUCAUUUCGCCCACCGAGUUCGAAGUGGUCCUUUACCUGAACCAAAUGGGCGUUUUCAAUUUUGUGGACGACGGCUCGCUGCCCGGUUGCGCGGUGCUCAAGUUGAGCGACGGGCGCAAGAGGAGCAUGUCCCUUUGGGUGGAGUUCAUCACGGCCUCGGGUUACCUCUCGGCCCGCAAAAUUCGCUCCCGCUUUCAGACGCUCGUAGCCCAAGCGGUGGACAAAUGCAGCUACCGAGACGUGGUGAAAAUGGUGGCGGACACCAGCGAGGUGAAGCUGCGGAUCCGGGAUAGAUACGUGGUGCAGAUCACGCCGGCGUUUAAAUGCACCGGGAUCUGGCCCAGAAGCGCUGCCCACUGGCCCUUGCCCCACAUCCCCUGGCCGGGUCCGAACCGCGUGGCCGAGGUCAAAGCCGAAGGCUUCAACCUCCUGUCCAAGGAAUGCCACUCGCUGGCGGGCAAGCAAAGCUCGGCCGAGAGCGACGCCUGGGUCUUGCAGUUCGCCGAGGCCGAGAACAGACUUCAAAUGGGCGGUUGCCGAAAGAAAUGCCUCUCGAUCCUCAAAACGCUGCGGGAUCGCCACCUGGAGCUACCCGGGCAGCCCCUGAACAACUACCACAUGAAGACCUUGGUUUCCUACGAGUGCGAAAAGCACCCGCGGGAAUCGGACUGGGACGAGUCUUGCCUGGGCGACCGCCUCAACGGGAUUUUACUACAGCUCAUCUCCUGCCUUCAGUGCAGGCGGUGCCCGCAUUAUUUCUUGCCUAACUUAGACCUCUUCCAAGGCAAGCCUCACUCCGCCCUGGAAAACGCAGCCAAACAAACGUGGCGGUUGGCGAGGGAAAUACUCACCAACCCCAAAAGUUUGGAAAAACUUUAGAGGGCCGAGGAGACGCAGCCGUCAACUAUUCAGCCGUCUCCUUCUCUUUCGAGGAUUCUGUGGGGGGGAAAAACUCAGGUGCUGCCAGCCGACCACGCAAAACGCCCAGCCUGCCACAGAAGGAAGAGGCCGUCCCCGC